AUGGGCUACUCGGUGGAAGAGCUGCGCACCUAUGAACUGAACUCAUCCGACGAAGAGCUCUCACGAGAGCCAUCUCUCAAUGAGAAGGACUCCGAGCCCUCGCUGCCGCCUAUCGAUGGCGGCAAGAAUGCAUGGUUGUGUUUGAUGGGAGCUUUCUGCUUCGAAAUGAUGGUCUGGGGUUUCCCCUUUUCCUUCGGUAUAUUCGAAGACUAUUAUUCAGAGCACGAGCCUUUCAAGCAGAAUUCCUCAGAUGUCUCUCUAGUCGGCUCUUGCUGCAUGGGUGUCAUGUAUCUGGCAUCUCCGAUCAGCCUCUUCGUUCUCCAGCAGUUUCCCAGCACAUGUCGGUAUAGCUGCCUGGUCGGACUGAUAGUCGCGUCGCUGGCGAUCGUUGCAUCCUCUUUUGCUUCCAAUGUCUGGCAGCUCAUUAUCACACAAGGCUUGAUGUAUCCGUUGGGAGCUUGCAUGCUAUAUUAUCCAACAUUUGUUUUCAUUGAUGAGUGGUUCGAACAAAAGAAAGGACUCGCAUUUGGAAUUUGCUGGGCUGGAAGUGGUGUCGCAGGCGUCGCCUUUCCCUUCAUCGUUAAAUCUGCUCUCUCUCGAUUUUCAUUCCAGGUCGUCAUGUGGGGAUGGGCAGUCAUUCUGUUUAUUCUUGCAGCACCCUUUGUUCCCUUCGUCAAGCCACGAAUUCCACGCGACGGUUCGUCGAGCGUACAAUGCCAGCGACUUGGCUUCUCUUUCUUGCGCUCUCCAAUCUUUCUCAUUUUCCAAGCAGGGAACAUUCUCCAGAGCUUGGGGUACUUUGUACCCUCGAUCUAUCUGGCAACAUACGCCCGAUCGGUGCUCGAGCAAAAGAGUCUGGGCUCGACAGCUCCCGUUCUGUGCCUCAACGCCGGAAUGAUGCUCGGUUUCCUCGGGAUUGGCUUGCUGAUUGACCGAUGGCAUGUUGCCAGCUGUAUGCUGUUAUCUACUGUCGGUGCUACUGUGAGCGUCUUUGUGAUUUGGGGUGUCUCGAUCUCUCUUCCACCUCUCCUUAUAUUCGCUAUUGUGUAUGGCGCGUUUGCUGGCAGUACCCCCGCUGCAUGGUCAGGAAUCGUCAAAUUGAUGCGAAAGACCGACGAAUCCGUCCCAGCGGGCUUUGUGUUGGGACUUUUCGCAGCCGGUCGUGGUAUCGGUGCUGUCGCUUGCGGCCCCAUCAGCGAAGUUUUGAUCAGUGCUAGCGAAAGCUCUGCAUUGUCUGAAUCAUCAGCGAUGGCGUACAGCACCAAGUUUGGCGUGCUCAUUAUCUUCACGGGUGUCACCUCCAUAUUCGGUGUGCUCGGCUUCGGCGCAAAGAAGAUGAGAUUCAUUCCUUGA